AUGCAGGACACAAAGAUGACGAAUUUCGAUGAAAAGGACGAGGAGAUGUUAAUACAGCGUGAGGAUACUAGUAAUAGUACUGGUGGUGGUGAAAGACAGAUUCAUAUUCAUCCACUAGUAAUUGUAAAUAUCACUGAUCAUCAGACGCGACAGAAAUGCAAUUCACAGCUCAGUCAAACGGAAGCGCCACAGGUCAUUGGUGCACUCUUUGGCAUUCAAAACGGUCUGGACGUGGCCGUCUAUGACUCGUUUGAAAUGAAAUAUGACUUUGUUGAUGGAGAAAUACAUAUUGAUAAGGAAUUCCUCACGUCACGUAUCCAGCAGUUUUCACAGGUAUUCCCGGGGUUUGAGCUACUAGGAUGGUAUACAGUCGGUGAAAAGGCUCUUUCCAGUGAUUUAGCAGUGCAUCGCGUGGUUAUGGAGUUCAAUGAGAGCCCGCUGUUUGUGAUCUUGGACCCGGAAUCCAAAGGGCCAAGUACCAAAAAGAAGCUCCCCAUAUCGCUAUUUGAAUCAGAGCUACAUGUGCUGAACGGCGUGCCCAAGAUGAUCUUUGUCAAGGCACCGUUUAAGAUCGAAACGUCCGAGACAGAGGGCAUUGCCAUCGAUCAUAUUUCCAAGAUUGCACCCAUCGGUGAUACUACCAAGUCUGCUUUACACCCAUAUCUUGGAAAUGUCCGAGACGCUGUGAAGAUGCUCGAUCGGCAGAUCGAUGUGCUACUACGCUUUCUACAAGCUAUGAAGAAUGGUGAAGCGCCAUUGGAUUAUAACUUGCUUCGUCAUAUUUCCAGCAUCUGCAAUCAGCUUCCAGUGAUGAAGUCGGAACAGUUUAACGCGGCGUUUACGCAAGAGUAUAACGACUCGCUCCUGGUCUCGUAUCUGGCCACGCUUACAAAGGGUGCUACAGAUACCAACAUUAUGGUAGAUCACUUUGGUGCCACGCAAGAACGGCAUCAUCACCAGCGAGGCACCUUGCUAUAA